UUGUCCACAGAUUCCAAGACAUUGACCGAAGAGAAAAGAGAGGAGAUCUUCGAGAAGAUCGGCAAAAAUGAAUACAAAAAGAUCGGUUACUUAGCGACUGUCUUAUCGCCGGUCACUAUAAGUAAUUCAAUGUUUAGACGAUCGAAAUACAAUUUGAACGCAUUAUCUCACGACACGGCCAUCGCUCUGAUUAGACGCGCCCAACAAAAUGGCGUCAAAAUAAAGAAAGUAUUCCUCGACACCGUCGGUCCCGCAGACAAAUACGAGGCCAAACUCAAGCACUUGUUCCCCGAACUGAUUGUCAAAGUGUCCAACAAAGCCGACUCUCUGUUCCCGAUAGUGAGCGCCGCCAGUGUUUGCGCGAAAGUGAUUCGCGACAGAGUUGUCAACGACUGGAAGUUUAUUGAAUCCAAUGUUCAGUUCGCUAAAGAGGAUUACGGCUCCGGAUAUCCAAGUGAUCCAAAGACAAAGAGUUUUCUGUCGAAAAAUAUGGACCCAGUGUUUGGUUUUACGACAUUUGUUCGGUUCAGUUGGUCCACAGUUAAGAACAUAUUGGAUGAUAAGGCCAUUCAAUGUGAUUGGUGUGUGAUUUCAGUACAAAUUAAAUACAAAUUAAACAUAUGUUUCAAUCAUUUUAGGGAAGAAUCGGAAGACGAAGAGCUCGAAGCGGAGGUUAUCGGCUGUUUUUUCUAG